AGUCCAUCUCGCCAACGGUGGCAGUGUGGCACCGCCUCCGCUGCUCAGGGCAGGCUCAUCCUGUCCUGUUCCUACUGCAGCUAGCUAGCCAGCCUGCCUGCUACCUUUGAUCUCUUCUCCGCGCCCACCACCCCCAUAUCACUUUCUUAUCGACGACCGCUAGCUCCAUCCCGUUCCCAGCUCCAGACCAGAGAACGCCCACGACUAGCGUCGCCACUUGCCGGCUUGCCGCGCCCAACUUCCUCGUGACCCCUUGCUCCCUCCAACGGCCGCAUCUUGCUAGCUUCUACUGCUACGCUCAUCAUUCGCGACCAAGUGAGCUCCCUCCCUCCAUGUCCUUUGGCAAGCCGGACAUGAGCAAGGAGGGCAUGUACCAGGAGCGCAAGGACGCGCCGGCCACACGGUUUGCGACGCCGCCGCCGAUGCACCACCGCCAUGCCGGCCACGGUGACCACCACCAGCAGCAGCUGGAGUGCUUCUCUGAUGAGGUGGACAGCCGGGGUACCGCCGAGAUGAAGGAGCCUGGGGGCAGUGCGGCCGGCUCCCAGCUCGUUUCAGGCGGCGGCGUUGGCGACGGGUCGAGCAUCGAGGUGGCCAAGAAGCGGAGGGGGAGGCCGCCGGGGUCCAAGAACAAGCCGAAGCCGCCCGUGGUGAUCACGCGGGAGGCGGAGCCCGCGGCGGCGAUGCGGCCGCACGUGAUCGAGAUCCCCGGGGGCCGCGACGUCGCUGAGGCGCUGGCGCGCUUCGCGAGCCGCCGCAACCUGGGGAUCUGCGUGCUCGCCGGCACCGGCGCCGUCGGCAACGUCUCGCUCCGCCACCCCUGCCCCACGGCGCCCGGUGCUGCCCCGGCCGUCGUCGUCUUCCAGGGCCGGUUCGAGAUCCUCUCCAUCUCCGCCACCUUCCUGCCCCCGGCCAUGGCCGCCGUGGCGCCCCAGGCCGCGGCCGUCGCUGCCGGGCUCUCCAUCUCGCUCGCCGGCCCGCACGGCCAGAUCGUCGGCGGCGCAGUUGUGGGCCCGCUCUACGCCGCGACAACAAUCGUCGUCGUCGCCGCCGCCUUCACGAACCCCACCUUCCACCGCCUCCCCGCCGACGACGACGCGCCGAUGCCCGUCUCCGUGUCGCUCUCCGGCAGCGCGGAGGCGGACGAACACCGCGCCCGUCAGCACCAGCCGGAGUCGCAAGAGCAGCGUCACCAACGGCGGCACGUGACCCCGUCGGCAGCACAGUCGGUGGAACCUUGUGGCGUGCCCGUCUACGCCUGCCACCCGCAGCCGCAAGAAGUGAUGUGGCCGCUUGCUGCUCGCGCGCCGCACCAACCGCCACCGCCGCCGCCACCGUACUGAUCAGAGAGAAUGUGUACGCCCUUUUUACCAGAUUGCCUGCAUCCCGCAAGGUUCAUGGCUAGAUCUGCAUUAACCUUAGCUGCACCUUAGGGUUUAACUCUGUUUUCUUGGGCUUCUACUUCUGAUUUCGACAUUGAUCCGCAUUUCGUACGGGAAACUGAGAAUUGAAUGUCAACCUGCGUUUUCUUGCAAGCUGCAUGCACGUCACAAGCUAUAGCAGUAUAGCCCAUUAUUAUCUGUCUUUGGCAAUCUCAUCCUAACCAAAUAUAGUUCAUAUGCCAGUAUUUAGUUGUACUACGUUUGUUUUGUUUUGCACAAGCGCCAAGAUUAGUUCUACUCACCAGCUAGCCCCAAGCAGCUGCAAGUUGUACAUGUACUUGUACUUGUACUAUUUUGACACCAUACCCUUUUGUGGUACCAUCUAUGCUGAUAAUUGAGAGCCUAAAUACUACUCCGUACCACAUAAUGGGGGAGCUUGCACUGCACCUCCCCAUUAUGUUUUUUUUUUCUUCCAAAAAAGCAUAAUGGGGGAGGUGCAGUGCACUGCAGGCGUGCCCAUUCCCUUCCGUAGAGCCAUUGAUUUGUGGUUCUCUACCGUAUGGGCCUUUCAGCCUUCUCCCAUUAGCCGUGUUUCCUACUUUUUCUCUACUCUACUCCAGUAUAUAUGCACUUGCAGAAAAGAAGACGCUAGCCAACAGAACAGGAAGGCUGCGAUGGACGCAAAGCAUGCUAGUUGUUACCCCGUCGUGAUCGUAUGUAGUAGAAAUUUGGUCCAUGGAUGUGGGUCAGGACUAGCCAGUAUCUGUUGGUGAUUAACCUUUGAGUUGAAGUGAGUGUAUAUAAAUCAAUGACAAGACAUUGGUGUGAAUGACAGCAUUGAUUUUAGAGCCAUCAUUCACUGUGUAUACACCGUUAGAUCUACGACUACCCCGGUUUUUGGAUUUUAUUAGACUCACUUGUAUUUACGUAGAUUU